ACUACACAAAUGCAUUUUGAUUGUCCAGCCAUUAAAUUUAGAUAAAUAAUUCCAGUCAUACAAUUAAAUCAUUUCAUACUUUAUUCCAACUUGAAUGUCAAACCAUUGGGUUCGAUUAAAUCUUUGCGUGAAAUUUCUGCAGUAUUUUGAAAGACUUUUUGUAAAUAAAUAACAUUCCACGUAUUCAGUUUUAAUCAGGAGGUUGCCAGAAUGCAUAAAUACCUUGCUGCAAACCCACAAGUUUCAUCUUCCCGUCUUCAACAAGAUUUUAAAUUAUGUCGUCUCCUUGGCCAAGGGGGAUUUGGGGCGGUGAUCCACUGCCGAAAUAAACUUGACCGGAAGGACUACGCCGUAAAAAUUAUGUUCAAUGUUAUUGACGAUAGAGAAAUUCAAAAUUUGAGCAAGUUGCCAACCCACGAGAAUCUUGUGCAGUACCACACGGCGUGGAAGGACUCAUUUUCUAGUGGAGAGCUGGCUCAGAUUAUAACCAAGAUGGAAAUUCAUGGAAUGAGUAUCCCCAAAGGAAGUAGCACCCUUAACCUGCUCUGCAUCCAGAUGGAACUCUGUGGCCAAGAUCUGCGCAGUUGGCUGGAUCAAGGCAAACUCGUGGGUGAAAGAAUAUCAUUUGAAAUCUUCCUACAACUACUCGAAGGCCUUAACCACAUCCACACGAAUAACCUGAUCCAUCGAGACUUAAAGCCUGAUAACAUUUUCUUUGACAAGAAUGAUCCAUCCCGCGUAAAAAUAGGCGAUCUUGGCAUAGCAACGGAUCACUAUGCCCCAAAAGCUCGACAGCACACGGCCGGGGCGGGAACAAUGUUGUACCUGGCGCCAGAACAAGCUCAGGCAUCAUACAGUAAAUCCGUAGAUAUUUACGCCCUCGGAAUAAUAUUUAUGGAACUGCUUUGUCCCUCAUUACAACGAGAUGAUCAGAAAUUAGUUGAAGCAAUUAAUGCUUUAAAGUAUAAGAAAAUCGUUCCAGACUCCAUUACAAGAAAGUGGUCAAAGGCUGCGGGCCUAAUUGUUCAAAUGGUCGCCGUGGAUUCAAGGGAAAGACCAACUUAUGAAAGUAUUUGUACUGCUUUUCCGGCAUGGUCGAGCUUCCUUGAAAGAACUCCAAUCGUUUCCGAACCUCAAAAUCAUGUCGUUCACAGUGGAGUUGACUGCGAUGGAUGCGGGAUUAAGAAUAUACAAGGGGUUCGAUUUAAAUGCACUACUUGUAGCGAUUACGAUUUGUGCGAAAAUUGCGAAAAAAAGCAUGGACUUCAUCCCCAGGAUCAUAUAUUGCUCAAAAUAAAGACGUCCAGGGGGCGUAUUCCGGAUAAUUUUGGGCCCCACGCGGCAGCUUCAUCCUCAAAGGUAAAUGCAGCUUCGAACGAGUAUUAUAAAAUUCCAGUUCGUUACAACAAUCAGCAAGACCCGAAGUUCGAAAAGCGAGGAAUCCCACUUCCGCCCAACUAUGGAAACCCAUUUCAACCCAAGCCUGACCCAAUUUCGGACCCGUUUCACCGCUUAUUAAAUUUGAAUUCGGUUGGACAAACUCGAACCCCCUUUGACACCAAUUCGCCCGACAGUUCGAGUGCGGAAGAGGCUGGGGACGAAUACUUAACUGGAAUAGUUUGUAACAACUGUGACCGAAAGGUGACAACUUGGUAUCAGUGCGAUAACUGUCCUAAACGGUAUCCAGGAGGGUUUGAUUUGUGUGUUUGUAGAGAUUGUUAUCGCCACAAUUCCUUCUUGGAACAUAUUCGUCGUCACAGUUUCACCAAAUUUAGAACUUAGCUAUUAUUAUCCGAUUAACCUCUUAAGCACGAAGUACACAUAUUUUAUUUAAUGAAAUGCACAAGUAUUUUUUACUGCAUAAAUUACCCUAAAACCAAAAUUUCUAAAAAAAAGAGUAUUUAUUUGGUAUUAUGUGGAAAAUUCGAUGGUUAAAAGUGGAUUUUUUUUCCUUAUUUUUCUUCUCGAAUUGUGGAAAUUUCCCUAUAUCGACCAAUGUUAAAAUGUGGAUUUUUCAUAUUUUUCGUCAAAAACUCAAAAAUUGGAAACUGGUUGAAAUUUUAAUUGGUUGCUAUCAGGUGUAAUUAUGAAGUCAACAUCGUACCGAAGAGAAAUUUUAUUAAAAGUCAGUGGGACGGAAGAGGUUAAUAUUAACUUGUGUGUGCGAUAACAAGAAAAUAAAUAUUCCUAUUUGCAUCCUCGAAAAAAUUGAA